AUGUCUAGCACUUCCAAUUAUCAACCAUUGAUUACAUCUUUAGCUUCAAGAAUUUCAUCAGUCUCUCAAGCCUUAAUUACUCAAUCAACUGCUACUUCACUUCAACAAGAAUAUGCCAAAUUACAAGCAUCUCAUCUUUCUGCUUCAAACCAACAACUUUUACAAACUGCAACAGCUACCGAUGUUGUUUCAAGUGCUUCACAAGCAAUUGCUCAAGCCUCUGAAACUUUAUUACAGAUCAAAAAAAGUAAUAACCAAUAUGAGGGAGUGAUUCCUUCAUUUGAAGGGAAUUUAAUCUUCUUGGUUGUUUUUGCUUUAGCAAUGAUUCUCCAUACUGGUAUUGGAUUUUGGUAUAAGCAAUGGUGGGUUAUGGUUUCAUUCUUUUGUGGAUGUGGGUUAGAAUUGGCCGGAUUCCUUACAAGAACUUUAUCUCAUAACGAUUAUGAUGUCGAAGAUUACUUCUUAUGUCAAAUCAUUACCUUAACUAUUGCUCCUGCUUUCAUUAUGGGUGGUGUUUAUAUCUUGUUGGGUAAAUUUAUCAUGAUUUAUGGUGCUCAAUUUGCAUUGAUGAGACCAAUGGCAUACUCUUAUAUUUUUAUGGUGUGUGAUUUUAUUUCAUUGGUUAUUCAAGCUGCCGGUGGUGCUAUGGCUGCUAGUGCAGAAAAUUUGGAAGAUAAUCAAAUGGGUACUCAUAUCAUGGUUGCUGGUUUAGCUUUCCAAGUUUUCUCAAUGAGUGCUUAUGUUAUCUUAUUCUUACAUUAUUUUUACAAGAUUAAUUUCUUCAAUAAGAGUGGAUAUCGUGCAUUAUCUAUUGAUUUCAAUCCAGCCUAUAAACAUUUAAGAUCAAGAAAAAUUUUCAAAAUGUUCCCAUAUGUUGUCUUCAUCUGUGUUGUUUUGAUCUAUAUUCGUUGUAUUUAUAGAGUUAUUGAAUUAGCUCAAGGUUGGUCUGGUUACUUGAUCACCCAUGAAUUGUAUUUGUUCUUUUUAGAUGCUUUGAUGAUUGCUCUUACUGCUUUCUUGUUGAUUGUUUUCCAUCCAGGUUUUGUGUUUGAUGGAAGAAAUACUCAUGUUCAAGUUGCUCGUCGCUCCAAGAAUACAGUCCCUGAGGAGGGCGUUCCUUUAGAAGAAUUCAAACAAGAUGGUGAUUUCGGUGAUGCAGAAGAAUCAGGCUCAAGUAGAAGAGAUGUUAUUUAA